AUGCCUCGACCUCGCCGAAUAUUCUUCGCUAUAUUUGUGCUUGUUCUCGUCUACGAGUUCUUCAAGCACAUGCCAACGGACCUGCCACCCGCCGCGGAUCGGUUUGACCCUACGAUUGCGAGGCUACGAGAAGAAACCAUUACCAGAUUGGGUGGCUCAGUUAAGCCACAUUCAUUUCCCAAGCCAGACGCUAUGCUGUCGGACAAUUUACCACCAGCCAAGGUGCUAGAGUCGAAUCGAAAGGUUGAAACCUACGAUGGGAUGAUCAAGUUCUACGAGUUGGCCCAAUCUCUUCCUCCUUAUAAGUAUUCGCAGAUGGCCUCCAGCCGUGCAGUUUUGUUUGCAGCGUCAAGUCUCCACAGUGUGUCUGAUCUCUUGCCUCUCGCAUGUCGGAUGGCUAGUCAGCAGCUGAACUAUGUGCAUUUCACCCUGAUGGGAAAGGAGGAAAUUUCAAUUGAAGGAGUGAAGGAAGUUAAUGGAAUCAGAGAAAACGAAUGCCCGAUGACAUGGCACGAUGCUCGGCCGGACUAUGCACCCAUAUCUACCGAUGACCGUAUGAAGCGGUCCGUGAUAGGAGGAUUGCAAAACAUCCAAACCUAUAUCAGCCCCGAAGUUACCAUCACACAAGGUCAGAGGUGGGAGGAUAUCUUUUUCUGGGACGGGAUCGAGGCCUACUCUCGAGAAAAUGGUAUCCCUCACGUUGCUCUCUCUGCUGCUUCCAGAGAUCUUAUGUGGAUAGCGUCACUGGAUAGCAAAUCUCUUCGAUCGUGGAAUAAGAUCCAAAUCGAAAUGGUGGUGCAUGCCCCCUCGGAGUCCUCUGGGUCUUUGAUCAGGCUUAUAAAGUCAUUGGAUGCAGCCGACUUCUUAGGAUCGGCUCCAAGCUUGACAAUAGAGCUCCCUCAGCGGGUAGAUCCUCAGUUGCUUCAAUUUCUACAGCGUUUGGGCGGGUUGAACCAGCUUUCUGGCCGAAUCACUAUUCGGCGGCGCAUUCAACCGCAUGACAUGAAUACAGUUGAAUCAUCGAUUCGAACUGUGGAGUCUUUCUAUCCACGGGACCCUGAGGUGACACAUCUGCUUCUGCUAUCUCCACAGACCGAACUCGCACCCUCAUUCUAUCACUACCUGAAGUUUGCUGUACUGAACUACAAACAGUCUUCCCGAGCAAAGCGCGUAUUUUCCAAUAUGAUCGGCAUCUCACUUGAACUUCCAUCAUCCAAGCCCACGACGGAUAGCCAAUCUUUCACCCCACCGCCCAUGACCGUUGAAGGCAAAGAACAGUUUCUCCCUUCAUUCCUCUGGCAGUCCCCUAACAGUAACGCAGCUUUGUACUUCGGUGAUGCGUGGGCGGAGUUCCAUUCCUUCAUGGCUCAACGGCUGUCGACUCUGCAAUCGGAGAACUCUCAAACUAAGAUAUUAUCGGAGAGGUUCCCGGCUUUUAUGGAACACAUGCUCGAGAUGAUCCGCGCCAAAGGAUACUAUCUCCUAUACCCGUCCUUCCCAGGUAUUAAAUUCUCUUCAAUUGCCACAGUGCACACCGAGCUAUAUCAGCCCCCAGAAGAAUUCGGAAACAGUAACCCCUCAACCUCGGUUGAAGAAGCUACUCAAGUCUCUCGUGAUCCUACUCAACCGCUUGCCGGUGGGAUUUCCACCGGCUUGGGGUCUGUUGGAAGACCGCUGAACCGCGCAUCAACUAUCAUGCCACUUCUUGACUUGUUCUCUUCGGGUCUUCCCGAUCUUGAUGAUUUGCCUUUGCUUUCAUACGAUGGAGAGGGAUUAACGGCUGAGGCAUACACCAAACAGACGGAACAAUACGCCAGACAGUUUCGAACUCAUUUUGGAGGAUGUGCCAGGGAUGGCGAGAUUGUUGAGACCUCAACAGACCCAUUAUUUUGCAUUCAAGUAUGA